AUUUUGGUGGGAUGGGGAUGGGGAAUUGAGAAAGGAACUCCCUCCUUUUCAAUACCUGGGUAGGGACAGGUAAUUGGGAGGGAAUUCCUCCUCUACUUUAUCUAAGCAAAUCACAGCCAUCCAUUUUUAUUAAUGACCUAAUCUCCAACUAAACUCCCUAUCAAUUCCAUCAGCUCUACCAAACAAGAUAUUGGGAUUAAAAAUCAAAUUCCCAUCUUGAUCUCGUCAUAAAUUCCCUCGUGUAAAUUCCCAAUCCCCUUCCCUCGAGUUACCAAACAAGCCGUAGUUCGAUAAGAAAAUUACAAGAGUUACACAUUGGACAUAUCUGACACUUAUAUUACAACGCUACCAAAUGAGAUUAGUAAAUUGCAGUCUAUGUGUCCUCCGUGGUAGAAGACAAGGAUCCUACUAUGACCUUGAUACAUAUAAUCGUAAGGAACGUGUACUUAUUUUAUCAUGUAUUCCUUUGAUUAUGGCUUUAAGUGAUUCUGAUAACCAUAGAAGACUAAUUACCGAUCUACACACGGGUUGUUCAAGUCAUUGGCAUAGAAUUAAAGAUGGUGUAAGGGUACCAAGAGGAAUCAAGAAUUUGAAGAGAUUGAAAGUACUAGAGAUAGUGGAUAUCGCGGUAACUGACAGCAAAGCAAUUCAAGAGUUGGGGGAACUUAACCAGCUAAGAAAACUAAGUGUCAUGACAAAAGGGUCAAACAAGAAAAAGUGCAAAAUACUUUGUGCAGCCAUCGAAAAGCUCACUUCCUUCAAAUCUCUCUAUGUGGAUGGUGAUCAUGGAUACUCACUUGAUGGAACACUUGAGUGUCUUGAUUCUAUUUCCCAUCCUCCUUCCCUCAAGAGCCUUAGAUUGAAGGGGUGUAUUAAGGAGACACCCAACUGGUUUAGGGAGCUCAAACACUUGGUGAAGAUUUACUUAUAUAAAAGUCACCUAAAUGGAGAUACCAUGGAGAUACUCGGGGAACUACAUAAUCUCAUGGAUCUUCACUUUCGUUGGUAUGCAUACGUUGGGGAGAAGCUAGUGUUCAUUGAGGGAGCAUUCCAAAAUCUCCGGAAGCUUGUUGUUGAAACUGAGGAUAAACUAAGAGAGGUGAGGUUUGAGGAGGGCACCUCACCCCAGAUGGAAUGGAUAGAAAUCUGUCAUUGCGAACUGAUAUCAGGGAUUGUUGGUGUCAAGCACCUUCCAAGGCUCAAGGAGAUAGGACUCAAAUCUGCUAAAGUGGCAAGGCUUGGUCAGCUGGAGGGUGAAGUGGACACACACCCCAAUCGGCCCAUAUUGCGCCUGUCUGAGAAGCGAAGCUAUCACGACUUGGGGGAAACCCAUGUAUCUGUUGUUGAGGUGGAAGUGGCGGAUGAGCCCCUUCUCACCAGCAGCCUGUGGACGUUGACGAUCGAACAACAACCACAAAACCCAAUAGUUAGCGAAGAAUGCUCGAUGGUGCCGAUCUCGCCUCUAGAUGGUGAUGAUGAUCAGUUCUCCGUUGUGAGCUCUCCUGGCUGCCUGUAGUGCUGAUCCCGGAGUCCCCUGCUGCAUUUUCCACCUCCCGUGCCUGAGGUCAGUUCAGUAUCUGCCCUGAGUCACCAUGCCGGUAUUUGUUUGUUUCUAUAUGAUUUGAUUAGUAGGAUGCUUUUUGUUUUUGAAAUUUUGUAUCAUGAUUGGUUGGAGCGUGUGAUUAGGUUUCUUACAGGUGCAGCAGAGGUCGUAUUUUGUUUUAAUGUGCACACCAGAUGUUCGUCCAAAUGUCUUGUCAAAAUUUUUUUAUCUUUUGAUUUGUCAAGUAUUUAUGAUUCGCAAUAUGAAACAUCGUUGGUCAGGAUCUGUGCUGCACGUAUCGAUGCAAUGUAAUGAUCCAAGUUACGGUUCCGUUUGUUCGUUAUCUUCUUAUCAAUUUAGGCCCUGUUUUUUUUUCAGCUUGGGAUUUUUAUAAUCUAGAUUAUUGAGUCAGAUUACUAUAAACUAGACUGUUAUAAUAUGUAGUAGAAUAAACGGUUAGUUGUUUCUUUCCUAGAUUAUUAGAGCCUAGAAUAUUAGGUUUGCAAGUCUAAAGAGGGAGUGGGGUGGCAUGGUGGGUAAUUUUUCACCCAAUAAUCU